AUGCCGCUAGCCGUCGACUUCCUCCAAUCGCUCAUGUGUCUUUGUACUGACUACAAAGAGAUCGACAUUAACGUCAUCGUGUCGGAUUCAGGCGAGGUCGAUGCGUUCAGGGGGGCUGUGGACAACCUGACGAGCUGCGGGGAUACUUUCAGCAUUUUCCCUGUCCCACCGAAUAACGUGAACGGACCGAAGACGAAUGGUGAUAUUAUCAACAUGUUUGAUAUUCUCCCGCCAGUGUUUCAUUCAAUAGUAAACGGCAAAAUCACGCGCGAGGAUACAUCGGCGGUGCUCCGAGAACGCGGGAAGUACCAGUACCAGACGAUCAAGAAAUUAGCGGCGGCCGCGACGCUCGAAUACGACUACGCGCUUUGGCUGGACUCGGAGUCCAUCGUCGUCCAGCCAUUCAGCAUACACCAGAUGUUCGAUGCCUAUGUCGCAGCCACAACAGUAUGGAGAUCGCGCAACGCGAACCACGACGUGAUGCGUAACAUGAUGUCGGGUUCGGCCGGUGUGCUGAACCGAACCAUCGAAUCCUUCGGUCCGGCGUUCUGGAACCUGGAGAGCCAGGAAUGGAUAAUCGAGAAGACCGUCAUCGACGACCUCUUCCAGUACGUCGAGAUGGUACACGGCCAGGACUUUUGGUCGGCGUGGGCUACGCACGGCGCGCCGUUCGAGAUCACGCUUUACAACAUGCAUAUCCAAUCCCGAAAGCUGGAGACCACCGAUCCCAUGUGUACAAAGUACCGGACCUUGGAGUCUGAAAUGGAGAUGGAGAAGUACGGCGUGUUAUCGGCGAGCUCGCAAUUUGUCAAGGAUGCUAUGACACAAACCGGACUGUUGGAACGGAGUUGGCUGUUUCUCCAGGUCCCAGGAGUAGCGCAGAAGCUAUCCAACAUGUUACGAAACUACAGUUUGCAGCUGUACCGGCUGGACGAUAUCGACAUCGCGCCACCGGAAGUUAUUGACAGGUUCUUCCUCGACACGUCAAUACACCUUUUGUGCUCGGGCGCCUACGCUCCUGGCCUACAAUGA